AUGGCUUGGCAGAAACUGUGCAAAGAUAUGGACAAAGGAGGGCUUGAUGUCCAUGAUAUAGGCAAAUUCAAUCAGCCUCUGUUGGGGAAACAAGCUUGGCGAGUCUUGAGAAGACCUUCUUACGCUUGGAGGAGCCUCAUUUCACGGCAAAGAACUGUUGAAACAGGGGUUGAUUUGGUCAAUAACACUUCGGGACACUGGGAUACUACACGUGCUAUGCAGACUUUCUCUCCCGAGGAUGCUCAGCGAGUCCUUCAGAUUAAACUAUCUUCGAACCGUGAUAAUUCUUUGACUUGA